CAACGAAUAAAGCUCCAGCAUGGCCCCAGACGUCCGACUCUGCAUAUAAAUUCUGACAGCGUGCAAGCCCUCUUUGGACUGUCCUCUCUGCCUAUCUGGACAACCGUUCUCCCUCUGUGUUGCCGUCGCUUCGUCCGUCUGCCCCUCUGUGGCUCGUCUUGUCGAAGCCCGCCCGUAGACGCUCCCGCACUUCCCCUACCGUCACCGCCUUCUGUGUUUUCCGUGCUUUUUUUGACAUCCCUUCGUUCUCGCACCGAAGCAGGACACAAUGUGUGGCAUCUUUGGUUACGUCAACUACCUGGUUGAGAAGGACAGAAAGUUUAUCCUCGACACACUCACCAAUGGUCUCGCACGGCUCGAAUACCGUGGCUACGACUCGGCCGGCCUAGCUAUCGACGGCGACAAGAGAAACGAGGUGUUGGCGUUCAAGGAGGUGGGCAAGGUUGCCAAGCUGAAGCAGCUCAUCGACGAGAGCAAGCCAGACCUCACCAAGGUCUUUGACUCACAUGCUGGCAUUGCCCACACCCGAUGGGCCACCCACGGCAGGCCAUCAAGGCUGAACUGCCACCCCCACCGAUCCGACCCCAACUGGGAAUUCGCCGUGGUUCACAAUGGCAUCAUCACCAACUACAAGGAAUUGAAGACCUUGCUGGAGAGCAAGGGCUUCAAGUUCGAGACCGAGACGGACACGGAGGCUAUUGCGAAGCUCGCCAAGUACAUCUACGAUCAGCACCCCGAUGUCGACUUCCCCGUCCUUGCGAAGGCCGUCAUCUCCGAGCUUCAGGGGGCCUUUGGCUUGCUCCUGAAGUCGGUUCACUACCCACAUGAGAUCAUUGCCGCCCGAAAGGGUUCGCCACUCGUCAUCGGUGUCAAGACCGGCAAGAAGAUGAAGGUCGACUUCGUUGACGUUGAAUACACCGAGGAGGGUACCGCCCUUCCCGCUGAGCGUGCCUCCCAGCAGGUUGCCCUGAAGAAGACGAACAACCUGCUCGCGCCUCCAGACAAGUCUCUCCUUCACCGCUCGCAAUCCCGAGCCUUCCUUUCCGACGACGGUGCGCCAAUGCCCACCGAGUUCUUCCUCUCCUCCGACCCUUCUUCGAUCGUUGAGCACACAAAGAAGGUGCUCUACCUGGAGGACGAUGAUAUCGCCCACAUUCACGAGGGCUCCCUCAACAUCCACCGUCUGAAGAAGGAUGAUGGCACCUCCAAUGUGCGCGCCAUCCAGACGCUUGAGAUUGAGCUGCAAGAGAUCAUGAAGGGCAAAUUCGACCACUUCAUGCAGAAAGAAAUCUUUGAACAGCCAGAAUCCGUUGUCAACGCCAUGCGUGGUCGUCUCGAUGUGGAGAACAAGAAGGUCACCCUUGGCGGUCUUCGCCAGUACAUUACCACGAUUCGCCGCUGCCGCAGAAUCAUCUUCCUCGCUUGUGGUACCUCCUACCACUCUUGCAUGGCUGUCCGUGGUAUCUUUGAGGAGCUGACCGAGAUUCCCAUCUCCGUCGAGCUAGCCUCAGACUUCCUGGACCGUGCUGCUCCCAUCUUCCGUGACGACGUCUGCGUCUUCGUCUCCCAGUCCGGUGAAACCGCUGACUCGCUCAUGGCGCUGAGAUACUGCUUGGAGCGCGGUGCUUUGACCGUCGGCAUAGUCAACGUGGUUGGCUCGUCGAUAUCUCUCCUUACCCAUUGCGGUGUUCACAUCAACGCCGGCCCCGAAAUUGGUGUUGCCUCGACCAAGGCCUACACGUCUCAAUUCGUGUGCAUGGUCAUGUUUGCAUUGACACUCUCGGAGGACCGCGCCUCGAAACAAGCCCGUCGCGAAGAGAUUAUGGAGGGUCUCGGCAAGAUUUCGGAGCAGUUCAAGGAGACUCUCAAACUGGAUCAGUCAAUUAAGAAAUUGUGCGAGAAGUUUAAGGACCAAAAGAGCAUGUUGCUCCUCGGCCGUGGUAUGCAGCACGCUACUGCACUUGAGGGCGCCCUCAAAAUCAAGGAAAUCUCGUACCUCCACUGCGAGGCUGUCAUGUCUGGCGAACUCAAGCACGGUGUUCUUGCCCUGGUUGACGAGAAUCUGCCUAUUGUCAUGAUCCUCACCCGUGACGGUUUGUUCGCCAAGUCACUCAACGCAUACCAGCAGGUGAUCGCCCGCAAGGGUAAGCCAAUCGUCAUUUGCAACGUUGGGGAUACCGAAUUCCCCGCGGACAAGACGGAAAAGAUCGAAGUUCCGGCAACUGUAGACUGCUUGCAGGGCUUGAUCAACGUCAUUCCUCUUCAACUCAUGGCAUACUGGCUUGCAGUUGGUGAGGGCCUCAAUGUUGACUUCCCGCGCAACCUUGCGAAGUCGGUCACCGUAGAGUAGUGGACAGGACCAGUGGAGUUCCUUUCGUUGAGAACAGAUCUCUCAGUGGUCGCAGGAACCUCGCGUGAUCGAUCCUCUGCCUCACCUGUACGGUAUAUUCUGGCGCAAUGACGAAUGAGAAAAAGGUACGGCAAUGACACAAAAGAAACUGUUUGUAGCUAGUUGGGGUUGAAGAUCUCUCGGUACGGAGCUGUAUUGGGACACGGCCGCUUUUGGCGAGCUUGAAGCCUUGUACGAGUAGGAAAUUUAUCCGAAACGUCGUGUAAAGCACGCGAAGGUACAACAGUUAGAAAUGGCUAGGUCUUUUUUUUUUU